GGGGAACAAUUCCAAGCACGGGCGGAACCAUCGUCUCGAAGUCGUUUUCCGGUCGGACGAUGUUGUCUGUUACGGGGAAGAUGGCGGCCGUUUGGUGAUGGAAGUGUUUCGGGUCAAUGAAUUUGCGGCCGAAUGUCUGAGCGUUUUGCCUCCAGCUGAACGACCGGAGAUAGGUUAACAAGGAACGAAAAUGCUGCUGAAUGAAAUCUCCAAGGACACAUUGGCACGACCGCUGAGCCGGAGUGAGGUGCUGGGAAUGCUCUUCCGCCUCACGGUAUUUGGCGCUGCCACAUACUUUGGUAUUAAAUUUAUGGUGGAUACCAUCGAUCCUACACGGAGACAGAAGAUCGAGGCCAAGAAAAAGGCAGCGAAGCUAAUGAAACAGAUUGGUGUGGAAGGAAUCAAACUCUCAGAAUAUGAAUUGACAAUAGCUGCUCAUCUGGUGGACCCCAGAACAUUGAAGGUGACAUGGCGGGACAUUGCUGGGCUGGAUGAAGUUAUCACUGAGCUACAGGAAACAGUCAUUCUCCCAUUCCAGAAGAAACAUUUAUUCCAUGGAUCCAAGCUCUUCCAGCCACCAAAAGGUGUGUUGCUGUAUGGCCCUCCAGGCUGUGGGAAGACCCUCAUUGCCAAAGCCACAGCAAGUGUCUUUGGCUGCCAUUUCAUCAACAUGCAAGCCUCAACGUUAACUGAUAAGUGGUAUGGAGAGUCACAGAAACUGACAGCUGCUGUCUUCUCUUUGGCUGCGAAAAUUGAACCUUGUAUUAUAUUCAUUGAUGAAAUAGAUUCCUUUCUCAGGAACCGUUCCUGCAAUGACCAUGAAGCGACCGCCAUGAUGAAAGCACAGUUCAUGAGCCUGUGGGAUGGACUGAACACUGACACAGAUUGCCAGGUGAUUGUGAUGGGUGCUACAAACAGGCCACAGGAUGUGGAUCCAGCCAUCUUGAGGAGAAUGCCCAGUACAUUCCACGUGGGCCUGCCUAGGCAGAGAGAGCGGCAGGAGAUUCUGAAGUUGGUCCUUUCUGGCGAAUGUUUAAACAGUAAUGUGAGGCUGAAAGAAAUUGCAGAGAAGACUGAAGGUUACUCUGGCAGUGAUCUAAGGGAGCUCUGCAGAGAGGCAGCCUUGCACAGACUCCGUGACUUUGUUCGGAAGGAGCAAAUGCAGCGCAUCGGGAGACAACUGCAAGCUGAUGACUGCGAGGAAAGCUCCACUGAUGAGGGUCUGCGAGCGAUCACUCAGACGGAUUUACACCUGGCCUUAGAGAAGAUGAAGGAAUCAAAGGCGGGGACUGGCACUCCGAUACUGCAAGACACUCCUGUGGACUGAGCAGAGCACACACUGAGCAGCACUGACCAAUGGGUUUACAUGUGCAAGUCACUUUUAUUUGUUUUAAAGGCAGUUCUGUAGACUUCUAGCUGUUAAUAGUUAAGUUUCACAAAUGGGCGGCUAUCCCUUUCAUGAGAUUGGACUGCAGGAAUUGCCGAGCGACCAUCAACUUUCAUUUUCUCCCUGACAGUCAGAAACUCCCUCAAGUGACUUCAAGAAAAAAAGCAUGACAUACUUGCAGUGCACUGAGAGUUGAGUGAGUCGUCGUGCAUUCAGCACAAACCUCGUUUGGACCAGGAUUAGUGGAGCAGAUUUGUCAUACACUCAGGGAGUUCCUGCAGUUGUUGUCUCACCCCCAUUUCAGCGAAGAGCUGCUAGGUAGUGAAAAGUGACAAUGGCUGUGCUGAAUUUUCCCGUCCCCUCUCCUCCAGUGCGGCCUGUCACCGGUGUGCAAUGUCACAGGCACCAGCAGCCAUUCACUGCUGAAGCAGCAAGACCUUUUUCUCAGUGGAUGAGCUGGGGCAGUGAAUGUCGCCACGCUGUUUUGACACUGGGUAGGUGAUACAGCCUGGCCAGGACAAUGAUAGGGGCACGAAACCUGCACUGUUGCUUCCCUCCAGCACUCCCUAAUCCAGGUGUUGGUAGAGAGGGAGCCGUUUAGGGAAAGGGUGCAUAUUGCAGCAGGUGUUUGACUUCGGCUGGCAUAUUAAGCUGAGGCCCUGUCUGCCCUGUUGUGCAGUUUAACAUUAUUGAUUGGAAAGAAGUCUGAUGUUAUUUAAAGAGCAGCAGGGACAUUUCCUGGUAACCUGGCCAACAUUCCUCUUGCCCAACAUCACAAAAGUGGUAAUUCACGUUGCUGCUGUUUGUGAGGAACUUUGUGCAUUCGGCAACUAACAGUCACUGCAGUUUAGGCAAUCGAAUCGUGAUGGUCCUCAGUCCUCUUCCAAAGUGCUUCAUAAAUGCCAGUUUGUUUUACCAGUUGAGCUGGUUUCAGAGUUUGCAUCUCCACCAAUUACAUACGCUUCCAACAAAGCGGCAGAUGAGCUCAGUGGGUAGCACUGUCUCUUUUCUCUGCCUCCCCAGUCGAUAGGUUGACGCUGCAGAGACUUGAGCACACAGUCGAGGUGGCACUCCAGUGCUAAGGGAGCAUUGCACUGUCGAGGGUGCCAUCUUGCUCCUGAGUUGUUAAACCUUUCCGUCCCUUCAGGUGGAUGCAAGUAAUCCCAUGGCAAUAUUCGCAAAAGGGCAGGAGCAGGGAUGUUCUCCUGGCCAACAUUUAUCCUUCAUUUGCCCUUUUUAAAAAAGACAAUGUCGUCUUUUUUUUCCAUUUGUGAAAACUUGCAAAUUGGCCUACAUUACAGCAGUGACUGCUAUUCGGAGAUACUUCAUUGGCUGUAAAGCACUUUGGAACACCCUGAGGUCAUGAGAUACAUAUAAAUUUACACGUUCUUUCUAAUAACUGAAAUUAAUUUAUAAGUUCCAAUUAAUUGAGUGUUUUCACCUUCGCUAACACCAUGAGAAAUUAGCAACCACAGCUGCAUUUACAACUUUGCUUCCAUUUGUUACCUGUAUGUACAAUAUGCUACAUGAUUGUAAGAUGGAGAAGAUAAUUCUGCCCAUCUUAUUUCAGUUGUCUCGAAAAUGUCACCUUGCCCCCGUCACAACGUCCUGAUUAUCAUUUUUAUCCCACACAGAUAUGGACCACUCUUGAUAGGAAUGGCUUGCUGACAUCCGUCCAAGACUUGUCUCUCGCUGCUUUCAGUCUGUGCUAGUGUGUCUGCUGUACAGCUGUCCUUAAUCAGGGAGGCAGAAAGUGGGUCCCAGUGCCCAUAGAACGGCAGGCCGUGAAAAGCAUUCCUGCUGCUAAUCUCUCUCCUUAUCGUACCCAUUCCUAUUGUAUAGAAUUAACAGCACAGAAAUAGGUAAUUUGUCUAUGCUGGUGUUUAUGCUUUCCUUGGCUCCCUCUUACUCUACUUCAUCUCAACCUAUGGGCAUAUCUUUUCUUCCUUUCCUUCUUGUGUACUUAUUUAACUUCCCCUUAAAUGCAUCUUGAUGUUAAACAUUCCUAUGUGAUGCUGAUCAACUCAAUCACUCCCUGUGGCACUGAGUUACGCAUUCUAACCACUCUGGAGGGAACAAAAGUUGCUGAAUUUCCUGUUAGAUUUAUUAGUGACUAUCUUAUACUUAUGGUUCUGGUCCCCUCCACAAGUGGAAAUAUCUUCUCUGCAUUUACCCCGUCAAACCAUUUCCUAAUUUCAAAGACCUCCAUCAGUUCACCUCUCAGCUUUCCAUUUCCCAGAGAGAAGAGCUCCAGCCUAUUCAAUCUUUCCUCAUAGUUAUACUCCCUCAGUUCUGAUAUCAUCCUUGUGAAUCUUUUUACACUCUAUGUCCUGUUUGUAAUGUCCAAGACUUGUCUCUCGCUGCUUUCAGUCUGUGCUAGUGUGUCUGCUGUACAGCUGUCCUUAAUCAGGGAGGCAGAAAGUGGGUCCCAGUGCCCAUAGAACGGCAGGCCGUGAAAAGCAUUCCUGCUGCUAAUCUCUCUCCUUAUCGUACCCAUUCCUAUUGUAUAGAAUUAACAGCACAGAAAUGGGUAAUUUGAGCCCUGUACUCUGUGUGGUCUCACCAAGAAUCUAUUUAAGAUCAGCAUAACUUCUCUGCUUUUGAAUUCUAUUUUGCUAAAAAAAAUACCAGUAUUUGUUUACAUUUUUAUGACCUUGUUGACCUGCGUUACUACUUCAGAUGAUUUCUAAAUCUGCAUCUAAAUCUCUUUGUGCCCCUACCCCAUACUGCUAUGUUCCAACGGGUAUGUGGCCUUGUGAUUCUUCCUAGCAAAAUGGACCGCCUCACAGUUGCUGCCCAACCCUUACUCUGUGAGCUUAUGCUGAAAGAAAGGCUAGUUUGAAGAAGACUGGAGAGAGACUUACAAAUCCUUGAAGUCUUUGUUCGUUUUUUUUUAAGUGGACGCAAUGUGUAAAGCUUGUUUGCCCUCUUCAAACUCUGACAGUGGCAUAAGGCCAGAGGUUCAAACUCAGGCAAGGCACAUUUAGAACUGAGGUCAAGAUGUGCUUCACGUAAACAGUGACCAACACAUAAAAUUAAUACUAUGAUGGUGCGGGAGUUAACUAUGGGGCAUUAAUUAAAGGAUGAACUCCAUAAUAGUCUGAAUGAGCUUCCUUGCCUGUGUCCAUCCUGUGGCUUAAAAAUAGAGUUAAAUCAUAGUUUCUAUAGAACUCUUUUAUAUACAGAGUGUACUGCUGAGACGUCUUUUGUGCUGGAGUAUGCUGGUUCAACAUGCACAAGAAAAACAUUCGGAUGUGUAUGUUAAAACAAAAGGCUGGAACAAUGGAUUUUUUUUUUGUCUUUUUAAUUUUAACCAGCAAAAGCCAUGCUUGAGGAUCUUUUACAGGUCUUAGCCAUGUAGAUGGGAGCUAUAGGCAGCAGUAUAAGCGAGUCCUGCCAUCAACCAACUAAAUAAGAGGAAAGCUAUUAGCCAGUUUAGAAGAUUUACGUGAGUAUGAUAGAACAAGGCCAGACAGGAAAGAAAGAUCUUGUUGCCUGAUCUUAUUUUGGGUUAUUCUGCAGUUAACAUUUUUAUUAUUCAGCCUUGUAAAUUAGAUUUCCAAAUUUCUCAGUGAACUUUAACCAAACAACAUUGAGAGCGCUCAUCAUUCUAGGAAGACUUGAGUUCUGUUAUGAGACCUUAGUAUAUGUGAGGAUUUUAGCUGAUUUGCCUUCACAAUCUAUUACAAACCACUUUCUUUCGAUGCUAAUGAUGAUAUGGUGAUGUAAGAAAAUAUCAAAAGAUACAGGAGGUGUUCAAAACUGAAUUCGAAGCAAAUACUUUUUUGUCCAGUUUCCUCUUUCACCUCUACUGAAUGCAUGCUGCCCUUGUGAUUUUGCAGACUCCAGCAGAUUUUGGUACAACUGAGUUCAGGAGAGGAAGUGGGUGGGGGGGAAUAAGGAGGUGCUCCUGGCCAUGAGAAUGGGCCUCCAAUAUGGCAGUGCUCUGGACUGUAAAUCAUGCUGCAAUAAUCUGCACACCUUUGAGUCUUUGUAUAUACAGAACUUGAAUAGAAAGGUUUUUGUUACUAGCAAUAAUUUAUUGUUUUGUGUGUGUAUAUAAUUUGACAUCAUUUGACUAUUGUACAGUGGGUGGGGAGGGUGUUUAGUUUUAAUUUGCUUGCCUGUUACAAGCAGUUCCAUUGACUGCAGUUGUCAGCUAGCCCAGGAUUUUUAGUAAAUUAUCACCGUGAGACAUCGCAAUGAAAUAAACAGAUCUCAAUCUCA